AACCGUGAUUACUGAAAGUCUGGAGCACGAAAACACAUCAGGAAAAAAGUCAAGAACAGCUAAACUAAUUAUAUACAACAAUGUCGGCUAUUAAGCCUAGAACUACAAUUUUAAACCGACUACCCGCAUGUUAUCAAAAAUUCUUUAAGGAAUGGAAAUAUGGGCAUCAGGCCGCCGUCCAUUACAUACCUGAGGAAGGAAAGUGGAAACGGCAUCCUGAAACCGGAGCAGUGAAGAUGAUUCAAAAUAAACCAAUCCCACUUACCUAUCCCAAAGAGUUUAAUGAAGGUUUAUGGGGAGGUGAAGCAAUUGUUCGUGGCUUUGAAAAAAGACAUCAACUUCGUAGAAGGGUACCUCAUUUUUGGUUUCCCACACUACAGAAAUCAGUACUAUACAGUGAAAUACUUGAUAAACACAUGGAAAUCGUAGUUACUCCAAGAACACUUCGUCUGGUUGAUCAACAUUAUGGUUUUGACAAUUACAUCCUGCAAACACCUCCACAAGACCUUAAAUCAAAUUUAGGAAUUAAAUUGAAAAGAACACUGUUACUUGCAUUAGCUACGCAAGAUUUUUUGCCCAAUAAUAAAGCCAAGCGGGAAGAGCUCUUGCAAAAAUACCAGAAGCACAUACUACCAGAAGAAGAAGCAGAAUGGUAUGGGCUUACAUUGCCUGAAGCACUUGAAAAGCUAGGCAAACUUGAAGAAGUACCCAUUCAAAAAAUACCUUUGAAAAUUAAAUUUAGAGAAGAAUUCAUUGAACAAUUGAAAGAAAAACAAACAGAAGUUACCCCUACUAGUCCUAAGUCUUCGUGGACUGAUACUUUGAAUCCCUUCAAAUUUAACAAAACAGUGUAAUUGUCAGAAUUAGUAUACACAGUCUGCAUUAUUGAAA